AAACAACCGGAUCGAGCUCCCUGUUAUAAUUUUCUUUCUCACUUUAUGAUUCCGUGAUUCACAGUUGAUCUUUCUCUCACACGUCAAUCAUAUAUGCUGUAUCUAACCCUUGAGAGUGUUGGAGUUAUCUUACUUGAGGAUCAUCAUCAGUAAUUGAGAGAUCGAUGGAGUGGACGACGGUGCAGCAUUUGGAUCUCCGGCAUGUUGGCCGCAGUUCCAAACCUUUUCAGCCACACGCUGCCACAUUUCAUCCCAACCAAGCGCUCGUCGCUGUCGCUGCUGGAACUUACGUUAUUGAGUAUGAUGCAUAUACUGGUAGCAAGAUAUCUUCCAUUAACAUUGGUGCUCCUGUUGUCCGGAUGUCGUAUAGUCCCACUAGUGGCCAUGCUGUUGUAGCUAUACUUGAGGAUUGUACAAUCAGAUCCUGUGAUUUUGAUACAGAGCAAACUUGGGUUUUGCAUUCUCCCGAGAAGAAGAUGGAACGGAUUUCAAUUGAUACAGAAGUUUAUUUGGCUUUGACUCCUCUCCAACCAGUAGUGUUUUUUGGUUUCCAUCGCAGGAUGAGUGUAACAGUUGUUGGGACUGUUGAAGGGGGGAGAGCUCCAACAAAAAUAAAGACAGAUCUGAAGAAACCCAUUGUCAAUCUUGCUUGCCAUCCUCGUCUUGCUGUGUUGUAUGUUGGCUAUGCGGAUGGCCUGAUUCGAGCCUAUAACAUCCAUACAUAUGCUGUUCUCUACACCUUACAACUUGAUCAAACUAUUAAGCUUAUUGGUGCUGGCGCAUUUGCUUUUCAUCCAACUCUGGAAUGGAUUUUUGUCGGCGACAGACGUGGUACACUUCUUGCUUGGGAUGUCUCUACUGAGAGACCUAUCAUGAUUGGCAUUACACAAGUGGGUUCUCAACCAAUUAUAUCGGUUGCCUGGCUCCCGGUGUUGCGCAUACUUGUCACCUUGUCUAAGGAUGGAACUCUUCAAGUUUGGAAAACACGAGUUGCUGUGAAUUCUAACAGGCCUCCAAUGCAAGCUAACUUUUUUGAGCCUGCAGCAAUUGAACAAAUCGAUAUCCCACGCAUUCUAUCCCAGCAAGGCGGUGAAACUGUUUAUCCCCUACCAAGAAUUAGAAGUUUAGAAGUCCACCCAAAGUUGAAUUUAGCUGCCUUGAUGUUUGCAAAUAUGACAGGUGGGGAAAACGCAAAAAAUAAAGCUGCCUACACCAGGGAAGGCAGGAAACAACUCUUUGCAGUCCUGCAAAGUGCAAGGGGAUCAUCAGCAUCUGCUUUGAAGGAGAAACUCCAAGCCCUUGGGUCAUCAGGAGUUCUAGCAGAUCAUCAACUUCAAGCCCAGUUGCAAGAGCAUCAUAUGAAAGGGCCCAGUCAGCUUACAAUCUCAGAUAUAGCACGGAAGGCUUUUUUAUUCAGUCACUUCAUGGAAGGUCAUGCAAAAAGUGCUCCAAUAUCUCGCCUGCCUCUCAUCACUAUCUUAGAUACUAAAAAUUAUCUGAAAGACAUUCCAGUUUGUCAGCCAAUUCAUUUGGAGCUAAACUUUUUCAGUAAAGAGAAUCGGGUUCUACAUUAUCCUACUAGGGCUUUCUAUAUAGAAGGUGUAAAUCUAAUGGCUUACAAUCUGUCUUCUGGAGCUGAAAUUGUCUACAAGAAGCUUUUUGCAUCGAUGCCUGGACACGUUGAGUUUCAUGGAAGAUACUUGCUCCAUAGUAGAAAGCAACACUUGUUUCUUAUUGUUUAUGAGUUUAACGGUGCUUCCAGUGAAGUCGUUCUUUAUUGGGAAAACACGAACUCUCAGUCAUCAAACAGUAAAGCCAAUACAAUCAAAGGUCGAGAUGCUGCAUUUAUUGGUCUUAAUGACGGCCAAUUUGCGAUUCUUGACGAGGAUAGGAUUGAACUAUCCGUGUACACUUUGCCUGGAGGCUCGUCAAAACCUGCUGCUGAAAAGAAUAUGAUAGAUGAACCAAAACAGUACGAAGAUCUUGAUGUUUCCUCUAUCAAGGGUCCACUGCAGUUUACCUUUGAAAGUGAAGUUGAUCGCAUUUUUUCUACUCCAGUAGAAUCAACCUUAAUGUUUGCUUGUUUUGGGGACAAAAUUGGCAUGACAAAGCUUGUUCAUGGAUACAGCAUUUCUACUUCUGAUGGGCCUAAUAUGUACACAAAAGGUGAAGGGAAAAAGUCAAUCAAGUUGAAAGCAAAUGAGAUUGUUUUGCAGGUUCAAUGGCAAGAAACUCUCAGGGGAUGUGUUGCUGGAAUAUUAACCACUCAGAGAGUACUAAUUGUUUCUGCUGAUUUAGAAGUUCUUGCCAGCAGUUCUAUGAAGUUUGAUAAAGGACUUCCUUCAUUUAGAUCUCUUCUUUGGGUUGGGCCAGCCCUUAUGUUUUCCACCACCACUGCCAUCAGUGUGCUUGGCUGGGAUGGGAAAGUAAGGACCAUUCUUUCCAGUAGCAUGCCUAAUGCUGUACUGGUUGGGACUUUGAAUGACCGCUUGCUGCUUGCCAACCCGACUGAAAUAAAUCCAAGACAAAAGAAGGGCCUGGAGAUAAAGCACUGCCUUGUAGGCCUUCUUGAACCUCUUCUUAUUGGAUUUGGUACCAUGCAACAAAACUUUGAACAGAAGCUUGACCUGUCAGAGAUAUUGUACCAAAUAACAUCAAGGUUUGACAGCUUAAGGAUUACUCCAAGAUCUCUUGAUAUUCUUGCCUCUGGUGCUCCUGUGUGUGGUGAUCUUGCAGUAUCUCUAUCCCAAUCAGGACCUCAGUUUACUCAGGUACUGCGGGGAGUCUAUGCUAUCAAAGCUCGUCGGUUUUCAACAGCUUUAUCUGUUCUGAAGGAUGAGUUUCUGCGAUCUAGAGAUUAUCCACAGUGCCCUCCAACCUCACAUUUAUUCCACCGGUUUCGACAGUUGGGAUAUGCCUGUAUCAAGUACGGUCAAUUUGACAGUGCAAAAGAGACAUUCGAAGUUAUUUCUGACUACGAAAGCCUGCUUGACCUAUUUAUUUGCCACCUUAACCCUAGUGCAAUGCGGCGUCUUGCUCAGAGAUUGGAAGAAGAGAGUGCUGACUCAGAGUUAAGACGUUAUUGUGAAAGGAUACUAAGGGUGCGUUCUAGUGGGUGGACACAGGGGAUUUUUGCCAACUUUGCUGCAGAAAGUAUGGUUCCUAAAGGACCCGAAUGGGGUGGUGGAAAUUGGGAAAUCAAAACACCUUCCAGUACAAAGAGUAUACCUCAGUGGGAGUUGGCUGCCGAGGUCAUGCCGUAUAUGCGAACUGAUGAUGGCAGCAUUCCAUCAUUAUCUACUGACCAUAUAGGUGUUUACCUAGGAUUAAUCAAAGGAAGGGGUAAUAUUGUUGAGGUUGGUGAUAAUAGUUUGGUAAAAGCAUUCAAAUCUGAUAGCACCAAUGUUAAGUCCAAUGGUGGACAAACAUCUCUUAUUGCCUCCACAUCCAACCAGCCAUCUACAAGUCUUGGUGAUUCAUUAAUGAAUCUUGAAUCCCUAACGAAGACCUCUGCAGAUUCGGGCACAGCAGAUGAACAGGCAAAGGCUGAGGAAGAAUUUAAAAAAUCAUUAUAUGGUACUGCUGGAGAUGGCAGCAGUAGUGACGAGGAAGGUAUUUCUAAAGCUAAAAAGUUGAGAAUAAGGAUAAGGGAGAAACCAGAUGCUUCUGCCACCGUUGAUGUUGAUAAAAUUAAGGAAGCCACAAAGCAGUUUAAACUUGGUGAUGCAUUGGGUGCUCCUAUCCAUAGGACUAAAUCAUUAACCAACCAAUUCCAAGAGCUUAACUUAAAUACUCCUCAACCUGCUGUUGCUACUAGUGGGCCUGCAAAUCCUACCCCUGUUGAUCCGUUUGCAACUGGCUCAUUCACACAAACAACACCUGUCUUCCCGUCUGGUCCUAUGCCUACAGGAGCUGCGGUUGGACCCCGGCCCAUUCCUGAAGACUUUUUUCAGAAUACUAUUCCGUCUCUCCAGGUAGCAGCAGCAUUGCCUCCUCCUGGAACUUACCUGUCAAGAUAUGAUCAAUAUACUCAAGGGGUUGAAACCAACAAGAUGCCACCAAAUCAAGUGAAUUCAUCUGUGCCUAAUGUCAGUGGAGCCCCUAUUCCUCAAGUAUCGAUGCAGUCUGUUGCAACCGAGUCAUUUGGGCUUCCAGAUGGUGGAGUUCCACCACAAUCCAUGAGUCAACCUGUAAUUAUGCCACAGCCUGGUGUCCAGAUGAUAAAUACUCCGGUCUCAAGCCAGCCCCUUGAUCUAAGCUCUCUUGAAGGUCCAGGCUCCGCAAAUGCACCCAAACCUACUGAGCGACCCCCUCCAACAUCCGUGCGUCCUGGGCAGGUUCCUCGUGGGGCAGCUGCUUCAGUUUGUUUCAAGAUUGGACUUGUCCAUCUUGAGCAAAACCAAUUACCAGAUGCCUUGUCAUGUUUUGAUGAAGCUUUCCUCGCAUUAGCAAAGGACUAUUCCCGUGGAGCUGACGUUAAAGCACAAGCUACAAUCUGUGCUCAGUACAAAAUCGCAGUAACUCUACUUCAGGAAAUUGGUCGUCUGCAAAAGGUUCAAGGUGCGAGUGCCAUCAGUGCGAAGGAUGAAAUGGCAAGACUGUCACGUCAUCUCGGAUCACUGCCUCUUCAAGCAAAACACAGGAUAAAUUGCAUACGAACAGCUAUAAAGAGAAAUAUGGAUGUACAAAAUUACGGAUAUGCCAAACAGAUGCUUGAGUUGCUAUUGUCAAAAGCACCUGCAGGCAAGCAAGAUGAAUUAAGAAGCCUGAUCGAUAUAUGUGUUCAAAGGGGCUUAACCAACAAGUCUAUUGACCCACUUGAAGAUCCAUCCCAGUUCUGUGCUGCAACCCUUAGUCGUUUGUCCACCAUUGGAUAUGAUAUUUGUGAUCUUUGUGGGGCCAAAUUUUCUGCUCUUGCAUCACCUGGUUGCAUCAUCUGUGGCAUGGGAAGUAUUAAGAGGUCUGAUGCACUUGCUGGACCAGCUCCUGUUCCAUCACCUUUCGGUUGAUCUUUUUGUAUGUAGAAGUAAUUUUUCGUAUAUUCUUUGGGCCUAUUUAAUUUUGCUGUUUGUUUUGUGCUUCUAUGGUAAGGCCAGAGUUUAUAGAAACAUAAUGCUUGCUGGGUUGUUUCUUUUCUUACAGGGGCAGUUUGUGUAUCAUGAAUGUAUGUUUUAGGUGUUAUAUCUGGCUCUUAAAAACAAAUAGUCCCCAGUCCCCAUGGUGCAUACUUUUGAUUUUUUAUGUGUACAAACUCAUAUUGGUUCUCCAGGAGGCUUGUUGUAUAAGAGAUUGAUAAUUUGAGUUACUCUUUUCGGGGAAUAUAUAUUGAAUAAAGUUAUUUACUUAA